UGAAUGAACUUCUCUUUUGGAUAGGGCUGAGACUUCUCAUAUGCAACAUUGAAUUUUAUAUUUAUUUAUUUAUUUCUGUCUAUGUGUAACUUUCAGGGUCUGGUUUGAAAGAAAUAGAUGGGAGAUCCUCUAGGGCCAGCUUGUGUUUGCUUUUCUGUCUCUAAGUGUCUUGUGGCUUUGCAGGGGGCUUCGAACUCCCAUGAGUGGAGCAUACAAGACCUCAUUUGCUCUGGCUUGGAGAGCAGGAGAUGUUCUCACUGACGUUUGCCGGCCGCAGCCCUAUGCUUGCGUUGGCCAGAUCAAGCUCUCUAGGUGACUUCUCCUGCUCUCAAAGGAAGGUUGUUACUGUGGAAAAGCAGGACAAUGGAACCUUUGGAUUUGAAAUUCAGACCUACAGACUUCAGAACCAGAACAUCUGCUCCUCAGAAGUGUGCACUAUGAUCUGCAAAGUGCAGGAAGACAGCCCCGCUCACUGUGCUGGCCUGCAAGUUGGUGACAUCUUUGCAAAUGUCAAUGGCGUGAGCACAGAAGGCUUCACUCACAAACAAGUGGUUGACCUGAUCCGAUCGUCGGGAAAUCUGCUAACGAUAGAGACUCUUAAUGGGACAAUGAUUCACAGAAGAGCAGAACUUGAGGCAAAGCUGCAGACUUUAAAGCAAACCUUGAAGAAAAAAUGGGUGGAGCUCAGGUCUCUGCACUUACAGGAACAGCGCCUGCUGCAUGGAGAUGCGGCUAACUCCCCAAAUUUGGAAAACAUGAACCUCGAUGAGUCCUCUUUGUUUGGAAAUCUACUGGGGCCGAGUCCAGCCCUCCUGGACCGGCCCCGAUUGUCCAGUGAGAGCAGCUGUAAGAGCUGGCUGAGCUCCCUCACGGUGGACAGUGAGGAUGACUACAGGACCAGCGUGUCGGAGGACUCCAUCCGGGGUGCUUUCAGUCGGCAGACAAGCACCGACGAUGAGUGCUUUCACUCUAAGGAUGGGGAUGAAAUUCUAAGGAAUGCUUCUUCCAGGAGAAACCGGAGUAUCAGUAUCACUAGUAGUGGGUCCUUUUCUCCUUUGUGGGAGAGCAAUUACUCAAGCGUGUUUGGGACUCUGCCCCGGAAAAGCAGACGGGGAAGUGUCCGGAAACAAAUUUUGAAAUUCAUCCCUGGCCUUCAUCGUGCUGUGGAAGAGGAAGAGAGUCGCUUUUGAUGGGUGGCAGAGACCUUUUGAAUCGUCUCGUCUCGUUUCACAAUCCUCCACCUCCCAAGAUGAACUCCUGGCUUAGUGGGAAAGUGCAGAUAGAGUGUGUAGCUUACAUCCCAUUUCAGGGCAGCAUUGACCUUUAAAUUCUUAUACUGUUAUUUUUGGGUCUUAUAUCAGGGUUCUGGUUGUUGUUGUUGUUUGUUUGUUUUUGUUUUUGUUUUCCCCCAAUCAUUAGAGCUCAAGUUCUAAGCUGACAUCAGGGGAGGAAAGUAAUAGGUUAAAUAAUGUAAUAAUAUGUCUGUUCAUUUUAAUGCUGGCCAUGAAAGUACAAAAAUAUUUAUUAUACGAACUAUGCAUGUAAAACGUGGAGAAUUCUUGGAGUCACGUGUGAAUAUGGACUGACAGAAUAUAAUUAUUGGGUUGCUUUUCAUAUGUUAAUUCGAUAAACCACAAAACCUUGUAUUUGGUUAAUUUACUCAGUAGCCUCUGAGGGAGCUACCACAAGAGAGAAUUAAAGUUGCUUUCAAACCAUUAAAGGAACAUACAAAA